AUGCCUCCGCCACCCUCGUCCGAACCAGUGCGCCUGGCCCACCUCUUCGUCCGGCUACCGAACCAUCACCAGCAGAACGGCAGCAAGCCCACAGGGCAGAACGGGGACUCGGGCUCGAACCCAUCCGCCUCAACCCACCACCAACUCCCCGCCCCCACCACCACCACACCGUCCACACCCACCAAAACCCACCAAACCCCCUCCAACCUCCCAUCCGCCCACCUCCCCCCAACCCCCACCUCCACCAAACCCCUCAAGCGCCCCCUCUUCCCCCUCGACCCGGCCCCGGCCCCGGACCCGGAAACCCCAUCCCGCAAGCGCCUCCGCCCCGCCCCCCUGCCCCACCAACGCCCAAGUUCUCGAUCCUGUACCGCCGCCAAGGGGGGGAAGAGCCGUCGGUCUCCUGGUUGGAGCUGA